GCACUGGGUUCCUUAAGAGGGCAGAAGAGAUGGCCCCUAGUGGUGAGGAACAAAGAAAAAAAAAAGAAUGACCCUCACACGGAGAGCAUUGGGAUUAAGAAUGUGACGUGUGAGCGUCAAGUUGAUAGGCCAAAUGAUGACUUUGUUAGAGCCAUUGAGGGGCAUGGGCUACACUUUUGGUUCAAAGAAGUGAGGGGGUACAUUAUUCCCUAUGAUGAGGAUCGAAAAUUGUUGAAGACCAAUGUACGAGGAAAGGUGAUUGAGGUUAAUCUGACAGUCAUUGCCAAGGCGUUGCAUUACUAG